AAUUGUCGCGUCGCGUUCGGCCCAGUCUCUUCCAAGUUCAUCUGCAUCUCUUAACUCCUGACUUGCUGCUUUCCUUUGCCUGAGUUUCUUGCUUGUAAUACUUGCAGCCUGACGACUUAUGUGCAUUGUCUCGGAUAAGUCAUGAUUUCUCUUGCACGCUGUCACUCUGCACGUCUAGCUGGCCUGAAUCGCCUUCUGGGAAGAACAACGAGACGUUCCAGCUGCAAUGUAAUAAAGAGCGGAAAUUUGAAUUCGACGUAUUCUUCCACCAUUAGUUCUGCUUCUCCUACGAAAGUAGAGAAGAUUAUUGCGGACACCAUCAAAGCUACCGGGCCAAUAUCUUACGGCACCUACAUGCAAAUGUGCUUGUCCCACCCAACUGAAGGUUAUUAUAUGAAUCCGUCUCACUCUGUUCUUGGUUCCAAAGGAGACUUUGUGACAAGCCCUGAGAUUAGCCAAGUCUUCGGCGAAAUUCUUGGAAUCUGGUUUCUGUCUCAAUACAUGCAGACAGGUCAGUCAAAGCCUAUACGGCUUAUUGAAUUGGGCCCGGGCAAAGGCACUCUAACAGCGGACAUUCUCCGAGUGUUGUCACAAUUCAACGUUUCCAAGCCCGCUGUCAGAGAAAUCGGUUUGGUAGAGACAAGUCCAAUGAUGAAGGGUAUACAACAAGGAACACUGGAGCAAACCUUAUACCGAUUCGGUGACUCUGCCAACGUGACUCUUGACUGGUAUGACUCCUUGGACAUCAUCCCUUCCCAGGAAGAUGUGUUCACGAUGUUGGUUGCGCAUGAAUUCUUCGACGCAUUGCCAUUCCACGUGUUACAGCUAACUGAGAAAGGAUGGCAUGAAGUCAUGAUCACCACUGCGCCAGAUCCUGCUGCACCAACCAUCAUAACACAUGAAAAGCCAUAUUCGUCACCUUUGGACGUGAGCUCAUCCAACUCCCCACCUCGUUUCCGUCCCGUAUUGUCCUCAGAGCCUUCACCAUCCUCGACAAUACUGGGAUUAUCAUCACCACGAUUCCAAAAGCUUCCCAUCGGGUCAACCAUUGAAGUUUCACUGGCUUCAUAUAAAAUCGCCCAUCAACUCGGCCAGCUGCUCAAGCCUUCGCCUGAAGCACAAUCCAAGGGUUCUACAGGUUGUGCAUUAAUAGUCGAUUAUGGUGGGGAACAGGUCUACGGAAACUCAUUCAGGGGAUUCAAGGAGCACAAGAUUGUUGAUGUGUUCCAUCGCCCUGGUGAAUGUGAUCUAACGGUUAAUGUGGACUUCACAUAUUUGCAAGAAGCAAUUGCCCCCAAUGCUACUACGUUGGGCGUCCUCACUCAAGCUGAAUUUCUCAACAGGAUGGGUCUGCUCGUGCGUGUCGAUGCUUUGAUGAAGGCGGUCAAAGACGAAGAAAGGAAGAAGGAUAUCGCUAGCGCAGCCAAGAGACUCGUUGACCUCACAGGCAUGGGGAGUCAAUACAAGAUCAUGGGUGUUUCAGGUCUGGAGGAAGACGACCUGUCUGGGGAAGCUCGAUGGCCGUUUCUGGAUGUCCUGACACCAGAAUUAUGAAUAGCACAGUAUCAUGUGAGUGUACGCCGACCUUCUGACUCAGGGCUCGCUUCGAUGCUAUCUUCUUUCCCCUAGAAUCUGACCUUGUGAUUCAAUCGUAGAAUAAUACUCGUACUGUAAUGGCGCAGUCUCUUCGCGACAUCUCGAAGCCGCUCGAGUUUGACAAUCGGUUCGGCCUCAGGUCAUUUGAAGCCGGGUGCUCUGACCGGAUGACUCUCAUGUAUUCUAGGAUUCGUCACUGAAUGGAGCCUCAAAUUCAAACCUGCCACUGUGGUCGUCUCACUUUCUGUCAGCCCACGCCCGACACCG